ACGCCGCCUCUGAUAUGCUGACAACUGCACUCGUUCGAUGAUGAUCCAACAUCACCCUGGCCACCAGGCCUCAAUAUGACGUGCGAUUCUUGGGACAACCAGUCGAGGUUCUUCGACUCUCACCCCGACUAUCAAUGCUGUGUCUUCGAUAACCGCGGAGUUGGAAGAUCGUCAACGCCGUCUUGCCGCUAUACGACCUCGGAUAUGGCCAAGGAUGUCUACGAGCUUCUGAUUUGGCUCGGAUGGAAGAGUGACAUCCAUUUGGUUGGAAUUUCCAUGGGUGGCAUGAUUUCCUUGGAGCUGGCGCACUUUUCCCCUGAGAUGUUCACAUCUCUCACGCUCGUCUCCACCACUGCGGGAUUGACGAUACCUCCGGUCACUGCCAUGAUCGAAAUUCCGCGCCUGCUUGUCAUCAAGGACAGAGGAGAGAGGUUACAGCGAGUCCUUCGGCUGAUCUUUCCGCAGUCGGUGCUCGAGGCACCUCCGCCAGCACACAGUUCGCCUGAAUACAAGAACAUGUUCGAGUACAUGUUCGAGACGAGCCGCCGGAAGGCAGAAGCCUAUCCUCCCCAGAAUCCAAUUGGCGCCUUGGCACAGCUUUCUGCUGUCAUGACCCACCAUGUCAGCUCGACGCGCCUGAAGCAGAUCGGCGACGCCAUGAAAGGGCGCAUCCAGAUCGUCACCGGGACAUGGGACCAGCUCGUCCGACCGUCAAACUCGACCUAUCUUUCUAAGCAGCUCUCGUGUACGAUGCACGUUUACGAGGGCGGCGGCCAUGCCCUGCCUUCGGAGCGGCCUGCUUGGUUCAACGACCUGCUCGUGUCUCAUUUCGGCCAAUGCGCACGCUUGGUGCAGAGCAUGGACUCUGCUCUGUGACCCAAAAGCCCCGACCUCUCCGACUCGCUAUGCUCAGGGGCCAGCCGAGGCUAUCCCAUCCGCUUUUAUCCAUCGUAG